AUGGUGGAAAGGAGCUGGGGGCGGAGAGGCUUCCAGGACUACAGAGCCCGAGCAAUUAAACCGGAUAGAAGGCUCUUUACAGGAGAAGAGAAAGACGUAUAUUUAAAAGGAUAUAAAAAAUUACCAUUGACAAGUCGAGGUACCGCCAAAUGUCAACCAAUGAUCGGUCAAAUCUGCUAUCAGGAUGGGGAGGAAGAAAAGGAGGAAAAAAAAACGGUACUGCUGACUGAACAGCGCUGUGACCGCAGUCACGUGACUCGUCGUCGAGGUCACCUGAAAUCGCGUGGACGUAGUCUGGAGAUUGUGGACUCACAAACAGCAGAGGGAGUUGAUACCGACAUCGCAUUUGUAUCACAUCGCAUCCAUAGGCAUCACCAACAACACCAAGCAUUGGAAGGAGGUAAAGGCGGUACCAGAGGCGGUGAUAGAGGCAGCUAUCGCAAUCUCUCGAGGUCGGAUUCAAGACUGAAUCGAGACCGGUUAGAUCCUGAAGAUGAAGGGGAGGAGGAUGAGGAGGAGGGAUCAAUCUCCUCAUCCGCUGCUGCUGCUGCUGCUGCUGCAGACGCUGAUAUUUCGGUAUCCACCUGCACCUCGUCAUCUACAUCAUCACGAUCCAUUGCUCUCAGCGCCUCUCGAAGCUCUCGGAGUUCAUCAACCUCUAGUGGAGACCUUUUGGAGACCUCCAAACCUACGAGUGGCUCUCAUCGAACAUUUGCUGCACCUCCGCUUCCCAGCAAUGGGAAGCAGAGGAGUCACAGGAGCACAGAGGUACUGCCUCGAGGCAAUCCUCUCCCUGCAGAGAGUCGAAACACCACCCCAAUUGCCUCUAGACGACGCCUGCACCGAUCAACUAGUCGGGAAAAUCGACUGCCCUCGUGGCGAGGUUGGAUUCGAUUGGUGAAACCGAAUCCUACCGACUCGUUUGGAAUCGGUCUCUCCAAGGGCCUGUCUUCUAGGGGCAUCUACGUCUCCGCAAUUAGGCCCGGAUCCGUUGCCUACACCUCUGGGCUGCUACAAAUCUAUGAUCGGAUCCUCAAGGUAGGAUGA